AUGCUCGUCACGACAUUUGCGCUUGCUUUGCUCGCGGCCACACAAGCAGCGGGCUGCAGGGAGGACAUUCAUCCCGAAUUUCAUUCCGGACUCUCGAUCAAUUCUGUUCCUGCUGCGGAUCGCGAUCACUGGAUGCGCCUCGCCAACUCUGCGAUCUACUACCCACCAGUGUCUCACCCCUGCCCACAGGCGCCAUUCGGAACCGCCAUCGUCAAUACAACCGCGAACGAGCUCAUCUGCGCGAUUGCGAAUCGUGUCGGAUCAACAGGUGAUCCAACACAGCAUGGUGAGAUCACAGCCAUUCAGCACUGCACGAACGUUCUGCAAAAGAAGGGCCUCUCGCCGCAACAGAUUCUGGCAGCAUGGAAAGACUUUAGCUUGUACACAAACGCCGAGCCGUGCACGAUGUGCCUCAGCGCCAUUCGAUGGUCCGGCUUCAAAGAGGUCAUUUAUGGAACCAGCGUCAGGACUAUCGCCGAGAACGGUCGCAACCAGAUCUACAUCCCUUCUAAUCUGGUGCUUGAGAAGAGCUAUUCAUUUGGCCAUGCUACCUUGAUGCUUGGAAACGUUCUGACGGACGAGACUGACCAGCUUUUCAAGCACCAGUUCAACGAGACUGCUCCGUGCCCAACGGGCUGUCAAAGGCAGCAAGUCGGCAAUUCUCGGGUCAGGACCUGCGAGCCAUUGCCUGAUUGGCAAAAGCUAGUACACCUGACGCACGUCGAGGACCAUCGCAUGGGUGCUGCGCCCACGCCUCAGACCCCCCUUCACAUCGAGCUGUAG